UCGACCCGCUCUCUCGCCCCACUCUGCUCUAGGUCUGGUUGCUUGCUGGUGCAUGGCUGGUCCCCGCUCUCAGCGUCUAUCAAGUCUUCCUGUGUGAGGCCAGUCUGUUCUCUCUUGCUGUCUCUGCCCCCGCUCUGUUCCCCACUCUUGUUCUCCAUCUCAGCACUCACCCUGUGUAAUACCCUGUAUUGCUUGUUAGUACUGUGUUGUUACCCAAGUAAACGUAAGAAGCUGUACCAAGUGUUUCCUGGCAGUCCUGCCUGUCUGAGUCAGUCUGCCUGAGUCUUGUGAGUUGUGUACCUCGCUUCUUUCGCUAGUCAUGGACCCUCAUCAAUGUUAUCCCUGUGCCACCCUUGCCCUGAAUGCUAUCCUGGUCUCUGCUGCUGAGAGUGAGUUACGGUUGCGGCAUUGGAAGGAUUGGAGUAAGGACCUUGGUUACCCUGCCUUGCCUCGUGGUUGCUGGUGUGGGUGUCCCUGUUGCUAUGUGGGCGGUGGUUCAUAAAGUUUGAUUUGCGAGGUUACUGGGUAUGUAUGAACAAUGGUAGACUCAGACGUGAAAGGCAGUGAGAUGCCAGAAGGCAGUGAGCCAGAGUGGAAAAACUUCUUCGCUGUGAUGAUGGUACGGAUGGACAAAAUGUCAAGUGAAAUAUAUUUGCAAAUGGACAAAACGGCAAGUGAAAUGAAACAGGAAAUGAGUGAAAUAAAACGGGAAAUAAGUGAAAUAAAACAAGAAACAAGUGCAGUAGUAAUAUGAAUGGACCUGAUGAGAGAGGGGAGAUGCUAACUUCAGUCAGGGAAGCAAGAGAGUUCACCUUGGAAAGCGACAAGAGGCUGCAGCAGGACCAGACAGAAGAAGUCAAGGAAGAACUGAUAGCAGGGAAACAACAGUGUGAAGGAUGCACUGAAGUCGUCCAGAGUGUGGUGGAUGGCCGCCUGUAUCCUGAGGUGGUGGACACUGUUGCGGCGAAGACAGUCGUCGGGGAAGAAGUUGUGGCAGUGCAAGACCUCUACUCGUAUGUGGCAGAGUGGCAGCUGUGUGGUGUGACUGGCCACUGUACGAUGCCACGAGGCCCCGUGAUGUGUUCGAUCACGGUGGGUGGCGUGGAGAAGCUACCAGCAUUCGUGGCCGACAUGGAGGAACCCUGUCUGGUGGGGCUGGACUCCCUGGUUCAGAGUGCAGCGUGUGUGGACUCUGGAAGGAUGCAGAUGCAGGUAUGUGAGGAAAUGUUACCGCUGAUCCUGGAGGACGCUGCUGAACAGGUCGAGAGCCCCGUGACGAGUUCAGAUGUCGAAGACGAGAGGCUGGAGCUGCACUGCCGAGUCAUGAGGGAAGGUGAGGUUGCAGAUGCCACUGUGAGAGCCCGUGAACGCCAGGCAGCGGUGAGUAGCUGCGGUGGUGAGGUUGCAGAUGACACUGGGACAGCAUGUGGAUGGCAGGUAGUGGCGAGCAAUGACUACCGUGAGGUGGACGGAGAUGCGGGUGAAGCAAACCAUGUUCUAUCUCCACAUGUGGUGGACUUGGAGGUAUGUAGUUCCACCAGAGAAUUACUGGCAAUGUGGAAAGGCCAUACACCGCUCCACAACGACUCGCAGCCGUCACCUACGAGCUGGACGUUGUCACAAGCAGGCAGCGGCACAUCGUCCACGUUGGCCGUCUGUGGGCUGCCGUGGAGGAAGGAUAUUUCUUGUGGGGCCAGCAGGGACCACCCUUGUCGCCGGACAAGUGAGACCAUUGCCUGGGUGACGAAGCCCUCCUUCUUGGCCGCUGCCCCUCACCUGUCCCAGCCUUCCUGCUCCACCACUGGCACUUCGGCCACACCUGCCGUGUUCCCGCCUUUGCCGCAGCGCACCGCUACAGUGCCCCCUCUCCCUGUGCCUCCAAAAACAGUGCCUCAGCCAGGCGUCACUCAGGAACUGCCUGCCACAGACCCCACCCAGCAACUAAUGGCGGUGGUGAGUGCGUUAGCUGCCAAAGUGUGCAUCCAUUCUGCAACAGUCUCUGGUCUCAGUAAUGAGUUUGCCGCCUUCAAGAACCAGCAGCACACAGUAUGCAGUGGGACCUUCCCUGUGGCCCCAACCCCAUCUCCAGCGAGCGGUGCUCAGCGGGACUAAGGUGAGAGUGACG